UUUCACCUCCUCCCUCCUCUUCUUCUCCUCCCGUCGUUUCUAAAAUCUGUGUAUUGUGGGUUUUCUUUCCGCGAGACGACUUGUCGGAUUCAUUCACCAGUUCCAGAAGCCCAACUUCCGACAACGAUACAUCGACAAGACAAGGUCUCUCUCAGUUUUUGUUGGUUUGAUCUUUCCUGAUCUCUCUUCUGCACAUGGAUUCUGUUAAACCGGCACCCAUGUCCUCCAAAAAGACCAAACUUGCUCGUACUUUUGCCAAAGUUCUUCACAUUCGAAUGCUGACCGGAGUCUCCCCGAUCGAUGGAACCCCGAAAGGCGAUCGGACUGUGGCUAAGAAUGUCGGUAAGCAAUCGGGUUCCUUUGAUUGCAGUGAUGAAGAUCAGCAAGACAGAGCUGCUAUGGAGGCUUUUCUUGCUAAGCUGUUUGCUUCUACUACAGCUCUUAAAGCUGCUUAUGCUCAAUUGCAAUAUGCUCAAUCUCCAUUUGAUGUUGAUGGGAUCCAAGCUGCUGAUCGAACAAUUGUGUCGGAGUUGAAGAGGCUGUCGGAAUUGAAACGAUGUUUCGUUAAGAAACAGUUUGAUCUUCUGCCUGAAAAUGCGAUGCUCUCGGCCGAGCUUCUCGAGCAGAAGAGUGUUGUGAAAAUCUAUGAAGUUUCUGUUAAGAAGAUGAACUCUCAGGUGAGACUUAAGGAUUCUGAGAUUAUCUUUCUUAAGGAGAAGUUGGAGGAAGCUAAGAGUAACAAUAAGGAUCUUGAGAAGAGAAUGAAUCAAAGCGGUUCGCUGUUUAUGCUCGAAAACCUUCAGCUUUCAGCUAUAAACACGAAUCACUUCGCUCGUGUUCUUCGGCAGACAGUUAAAACCAUUAGAACUUUUGUCGAAUUGUUGAUUGAUGAGAUGAAAUCUGCUGGUUGGGAUAUUGGUGAAGCUGCAUCUGCAAUCGAACCCGACAUAGUUUACUUCAAAGACGAGCAUAAACGUUUCGCUUUCGAGGCAUUCGUAUGCCGAGUAAUGUUCGAGGGGUUCCAUUUCCCGAAUUUCGGUCUUCCAAACGAGUCUCUACCAGAGAAGCAGCAGCAGAAGAAGCUAUACUUCAGGAGAUUCACAGAAGCGAAAUCAUUAACAUGGAAAGAACUCGUCAAUGAGAAGCCGAAAUCGACAUAUGCGAAGUUCUACCGUGCGAAGUAUCUGCAGCUGAUCCACCAGAAAAUGGAGUCGUCGUUGUUCGGAAACAUGAAGCAAAGAAGGCAGGUGAGUUCAGGUGAAAUCCCAGAGAGUGAAUUCUUUGGCACAUUUGCAGACAUGGCUAGAUGGGUGUGGCUACUGCAUUGCUUAGCAUUCUCAUUCGACCCAGAGGCGUCGAUCUUUCAAGUAAGCAAGGGAUGUCGAUUCAACGAGGUGUAUACGAAAGCGGUAACAGAAGAAGUGUUGUUGCUUUCGACAGAACCCGAGCUUCGAGUUGCGUUCACGGUUGUACCCGGAUUCAAGAUCGGUAAAACUGUAAUACAAUGCCAGGUUUAUAUCUCUAAAUCACAGCAACAAGAACAACAACAACAAGAACAUCAGCUAAAACAACCUGUCCAGAAAAAAACAGAGGCGAGGUAAGUUGUCCCUCAGUAAAAAGAUCAAGAACGCUUGUAGAUCAGUUAAAAAAAUCAGGUAGAAUUACAGAGUCUGUCUGGUAAGGUAACAAAUUGGCAUGCAUCUCUUCCUGUCUUUUUGUUUUAGCCGCAUGUUCUUUGGGAACAGAACAACCUUAAAUGUUUUGUUGAUUUGCUUUCAAAUUUUUGCCCUCAAUUUUGUUAGAAUAUUAGGAAAAUUCUGAGGGAUUUGUCCACAGCUUUAUAUAAUGCUUAUUGUAAUUUGUAUAUAAAUAUUAUAAAAUUGAACGUGUUUGAAUUAGAACAA